UUAGACUUGACCGCCAUUCGUGAACCCCUGGCUUCCUCCAAACUUUGUACUUCCUCUUUCUCAGAUUCCAUGGCAAUCUACAGAGGGGGAGAUUCCAGACGCCUGUAACGUGAACUGUAUAGUCCCGUCAGUAUCCGGAUACGUUUUCUAGGCACCUGUGGAGCUUGUCACCCUCUUUCUGAAUAUUGAAGUGUUCUGGGCCCUGUUGCAUUUGUUAUCUGCCUCGUGCUGGUCCUGCAGACAUUUUGCCAGUCAAUGGCUCUGAUGGACAAACACAAAGUCAAACGACAGAGGCUGGACCGCAUCUGUGAAGGCAUUCGUCCCCCAAUCCUGAAUGGACCGAUGCACCCACGCCCGCUAGUAGCCCUGUUAGAUGGGCGGGAUUGUACUGUUGAAAUGCCUGUCUUGAAGGAUGUGGCCACGGUGGCGUUCUGUGAUGCCCAGUCUACCCAAGAAAUUCAUGAAAAGGUACUGAAUGAGGCAGUUGGUGCUUUGCUCUACCAUACAAUCACACUCUCAAGAGACGACCUUGAAAAAUUCAAGGGUCUUCGGGUUAUUGUAAGAAUUGGGAGUGGUUUUGACAACGUGGACAUCAAAGCAGCAGCUGAGUUGGGUAUUGCAGUGUGCAAUGUUCCGGCCUCUUCAGUAGAAGAGACAGCAGACACAUCCAUGUGUUUAAUCCUGAACUUGUACCGCCGCGUGACAUGGAUGCACCAGGCUUUGCGAGAGGGCACCCGCGCUGCCAGUGUAGAGCAGAUAAGAGAGGUGGCUGGUGGAGCUGCUCGUAUCAGAGGGGAGACUUUAGGCAUCAUUGGUCUGGGCCGUGUGGGUCAAGCAGUGGCUUUGCGGGCAAAGGCCUUUGGUUUUGGGGUAAUCUUUUAUGACCCAUACCUCCCUGAUGGUGUUGAACGAUCCCUGGGCCUUCAACGUAUGGCCACCCUACAGGAUCUUCUCAUCCACUCAGACUGUGUGUCUCUGCACUGCAGCUUGAAUGAGCACAACCACCACCUCAUCAAUGACUUCACUAUUAAACAAAUGCGUCAGGGUGCAUUCCUGGUGAACACGGCAAGGGGGGGAUUAGUGGAUGAGAAGGCCUUGGCACAAGCCCUAAAGGAGGGGAGGAUACGUGGAGCAGCCCUAGAUGUCCAUGAGACGGAGCCCUUCAGUUUUUCACAGGGUCCACUGAAGGAUGCACCCAAUCUGAUCUGCACUCCCCAUACAUCCUGGUACAGUGAACAGGCCUCCAUUGAGGCGAGAGAAGAAGCAGCCCGAGAGAUGAGGCGUGCCAUCACAGGGCGCAUCCCAGACAGCUUGAAAAACUGUGUGAACAAGGAGUAUCUGAUGACUGCCUCCCAAUGGACAGGCAUGGAGGCCUCCACUGUGCAUCCAGAAGUAAAUGGAGCUGCAGCCUACAGGUUUCCAGCUGGGCUGAUUAGUGUAGCUACAGGAGGACUGCCAGGUUCAGGCACUGGUGUAGAGAGUAUAGUAGCUGCCUCUCUACCCAUGGCCCAUGGAAUCACCCCUGUUACCCAGCUCCCACACACCCCGUCACCAGGGCAACCCACUAAAGCGGAGUCUGACCGAGACAACCCGUCUGACCAAUAGCAACCUUUUAACUACAUUCCAGCAGCCAAGUUGUGUGCCCCUUCUUCUGAAUUGAUUUCAGUCUGAUUGUCUUUCCCAAAGAGGCCUUCUCUUGUUGACAGCCACAUCCUCAUCAGCCUUCGGUUUCCUCAAACACCAUGCUCUCUCAUCUGUACCUCCAAAAGACAUAAUUGUAAAUCUUGUGCUUCAAGAUGAGCAUGACUGUUCUAUAGAUUUUGGUUCAACCAGCAGGUGGAGCUGUUCUAAAAUUUACAGUUCCAUUUUUGAAGUAAUGUCAUUUAAGCCUGAUUUGGGAUCAGCGACUUUCCAAGUGUUGAGGUUUUUGUGUUAGUAGUAAAGUAGCAUUCUGAUCCUGACAUCUGCUUGUGGUCAUAGUCAAUGCUGUCUACCUGCUAAAUUCUAUUGAUUUAACAGAGGAUUACUCUUUGGAAUUUAUCCACGAUAUCCAUCCAUUUUCCUCAUAGAUUUUCCAUAUGUAAGAUUUUUGUAAGUUGCAGGUGAUUAUGGAACGGCCAUACCAACUCUCACUGAGCUAGAAGUCUAAAACAUAAAGGCCACAAAGCUAUUUUUGUGCAUAUUUGAAUAUAUUAUGUUUUAUCAAAUGUAAAAGCUUAUCACAUCUGGUCAUGCCUUGUAACCCUGAAUGGACAGUGUUCAUGUCUUUCCCAGUAUGCAUAACACAUUUUUACUCACUGACAAAUUCCACUUUCCAAAGGAGAAUUUUCCCUCAUGGUCUGAACCUGCACUCUCAAACUUGUUCUGUGUCAGUGGAAUAACUUGUUAGUACCUCAUUAACAGAUAUUGAAUGUAUGCUUGAAAUCCUCUCUUUUGUAUGAAUAGUCUUUUAGGGUUUGGAAUAGCUAGAGCUCUUCUGUGUGACCAGAUGGUGUGUGGAAGUAUUGCAUUUUUUUCCAGAAGAUUUGAACAUCUUAACACUUAAGUGUACCGUUCUCAGGCUUCUUGUCAGGCUUUAGACUUCUUUCUAAUAUUUUUUUUACUGAAUAGCCUACAUGUAGGAUUACCAAAAGCACAAUGCUUUUGUCCUAUUCAUUUCCUGUAUGCAUCAUUGCGAUGUAGUGAUAUAUUUUAUAGAUUGACAGUCGACUGGGAUUCAGGAUGUUUGCUGUUUAGCAAUAUAUGAUGGACAAAUGUUAUUUUCUUGCCAGAUGUAAUGUUGCAUGCUAACUAAAAAGGGUUUUUAUUGGAAAGUUAUGACAUCCAUACACUGCUAGCUUUGAAGACUCUGCAGUUGUACUAGUAAACCAGCCCAAGACUUUGUAUGGUGGCUGAUUUAAGUGAGUCCUCCCUGGUUUAUGACAAGUGAGUUGUUGAGAAGCCUCAUACUUAUUCAAAUCCAUGAUCCAUGAGGCUCAUUAAAGACCUUGUGUCUUAUAGUGUACGGAAAUAUUGCAAGAUAUGACUUCUUGGAUACAUGCUCUUGGUCACAUUUGACCUUCACUCAUCAUUUUCAUAUGGCUAAAUGGAGUCUUUGGGCACCCUGUGUAUGUAUUGUAUUUUCUAGCUGUGUUUCAGUUUAUUAGAUCAAUGUUUGUGUAUUUUCCUACUUAUCUCAUUACUUUGUUUAAUUUUGGGCAUAAUUGUGGUCUUUCUAGCAACUGAUUUGGCUUUGUCAUCUGUACACUACAUGUUUGUUGAACCCUGUCUCCUUAUGUUAUUGUUCUACAUGUUGUACAGAAACAUUUCAUAAAUGUCCAUUUUCAGACUUUAUUUCCCUACAAGCCAGGUCUACAUUGCAGCCUCCCAUUUAGUUAAUCCAACAAUAAGCCCUGUUUCUUUUCUUCUGUGUUCCCAUUGAAAGCUGUAUAGCUUAUCACUGCCUUAGAACUCAAAUUGACAUAAGCUUGAAGGAGAGAUGCUUAUUUGAGAACUCUUGAUAUCAAAUAUAACUAGUUUUACACAUAUCACAGAGGUAACCUGGUUUUUAGUCAUGUGCACGGCCUCAGAGGCUUCAUCAAAAAGUUACUAGUCACCAAAGCUGUAUAGCUGAUACAAAAGUGGUUUAUGAAAGGGGAAAAAGGGACAGCAAGGAUGGAUAUGGACUGGGUAGAUCACUUUUCUCUCAGGGUCUAAAUGCAAGCGAAUUCUACAGUUAUACCAUUUUCCCCAAUGUUAUUUUUUCCUGUUUGUUGUGCUCAUACAUAGACUAUUUGAAAUAAACUGAGGUAACUGUUGACAUUUUGAAGUGUAUUUUCACAACGUGUGAACAAGUUCCCCCCUUUGUUAUUUCUAUUAUUCCCUACACCUUUUUGUUGUGGAUUUAAAGCAUUUCCUUUCAUCUUGAUACAAAGAGUUCCUGUAACUAGGCUCUUCAGCUUUACUUUGGUUUUGUUUACUUUUUUAAUAGAAACAAUCAUGUUUGUGAUGGUUACUUCGACAAAGUAUUUUAAUAAAAUGAAAAAAAAUAUAUAU